AAUCUUGUGAUUUUGUAAACAAACACUUGAAUGCUGAAUAUGAAUGAGCCACAAGAAAGUGUUUUGCCUAUUAGCAAAAAAGAAAUUCUACCGAAAAAUAAAUUAGAUCGAGGCCUGUUUCUUUUAAUGACAGUUGGUGUUCCGGCUCUCGCCAUAUGGGAAACAGUAAUUUUAUUUCGCUAUCAUUCCGAACUCGAUUUGUUUUCAUGUAGCCUCAUAGUAUUUGAAAUCAUAUUGUUAAUGAAUGUGCUGGGCAAUUUAUUUUAUUUAAAACAUGUAGAUUCUUCUGGGAAGCAUAAAAAAUUACCAUCAGUACUGAGACCAAACUGGACAUAUUGCCACUUUUGCCAAAUGAAUUCUCCACCGAGAGCUUAUCAUUGCCCUAUUUGCGAUGAAUGCAUCUUGAAAAGAGAUCAGCACUGUAUGUUUGCGGGUUGUUGCGUCGGCUUUUACAAUCACAGAUACUAUCUCAUGUCAGUUAUGUAUAUCAUGAUAGGUUCAUUGUGUGCUGCCAUUUUCCAGUGGCCUCAUUGCUUGGAAUCUAUUGGUGGUUUCCAUUUAUUACCUAUUUUAUCUAUGGCUGCUCCUCACAUUGCAGUAUUAUUUGGUUUCCUAAGUAUAUAUGGUUUUAUAUGCACUAUCACUCAAAUUAUUCUGAUGGCUGUCUUUAUCUUAACUUCAUAUUUGUUGAUUGUGCAAAUACAGUGUAUAUUCACUGGUCAAACUAUUCAUGAGAAAAGAGCUGGUAUUACAAUUUAUGAUCUAGGUUGGAAAAAGAAUAUCUUGCAGGUACUUGGAAUAAAAUGGUAUAUGGCUAUAUUGUGUCCAUUUAUUUCUUCUCCUAUUCCAGGGGAUGGAUUAAAUUUUAUUACAUUUUAUGAUUUAGAAGAAGUAAAGAAUGUUUAAUUAACAUCUACAAAAUAUACAGCAAAAAUGUCUGGUAUAGAAUUUUCAUCUUUCAAUGUAUGCCAGAUUAGUUAACUAAUACAGAACUCUGUUUUCUAUUUUAAUAAAAUGAAGAAUUAUGGAGCUUCUAUUAAAAGCCAAAAGUUCGUGAUAUUUUUACACUAGUCAGAAUGUUAAAUGAAUUUUCAAAAAUGAGUAAAUAGAAAACUUCCAGUUUUCUAAGCAGCAUCAUUUACACUGUUUGCAUGAUAUUUAUCAUGGUUGGUGUCUUCAUUGAGAGAUCCAAUGAAUCAUAUGUAUAAAAUGCUCAAUGUGCCAUGCAAAAUGUAUUUCUCUUUGUUAAAUUGUUACAGAAUAUGACCGAACAUUUAUGAUUUUUCAAGUGCAUUCAAAGUGAGCAAUUUAUCUUAAUGGAUAAAAGAUCAUCAAAAUACUUAGCUUCAUAAAAGGUAUUAAGUGUUAUACAAUGUGGCAAUACUUGGAAAAGCUUUGAAUGUUUACUUAAAACAUUUUAGUUGAUUUUUUUUAAUUUGAAAGACUAAUAAUUUAUCGUAAGAAAAUAUUUGUUUCAUAAUCUUUCAGUAGGUAAACAGAUAUUAAAUAGUUUCUGAACUAAAACCGAGAAUUUCAUUUUUUGUUACACCAAAAAAUGUUCAAGAGUGUUAAUAAUGAAACCAAUCAUAUUAUAAAGAGACCUAUCACUUUUCCAAAUCAUGGUUAUCUUCAUAUUAUGUAUAUAUAUUUAGAUUUUUUAACAUUAUUUCUCCUCUACAUUAUAUUAUGUGAAACUUGCAAAGGCAAAUAAAUCUCAGCCAUAAAAGAACAUAAAGAAUACGAACUCUGUUUUCUAUUUUAAUAAAUGAAGAAUUAUGGAGCUUCUAUUAAAAGCCAAAAGUUCGUGAUAUUUUUACACUAGUCAGAAUGUUAAAUGAAUUUUCAAAAUGAGUAAAUAG